UUAUCAAUCACAUUCUCCUCACUAUAACGCAAAAUAACCCUAAAUAUCUCUCAGUUUUCUUAUACCACGCAUUAAGAAACUACCGUACACAAAAUUAUGUAUCCCAUUGGAUGUAAUUCUUUCUUUUACAGAUAAAACCAUUUUCCAAAAAUGCAGACGUGGUCUCAUUGGGUGUAAACUAGACAUGUAAAUUUCUAUAUUUUCUUACUCGUAAAUCUGUUUAUAUUAGGAUUGACGAAGCAUUACUGGCCAGAUGUUGCGCGUCGCCGCUCUGACUUUGUUUUCUAGAGCACCGAAGGAUGUCUGUAACAAAUCCACUCUUGAAGGAUCUUAAAAAAUACAUCUUGGCGCUAUCCCAGCCGGUGAACAGCUAUGCCAUUCCACUUAACAGCCGCCCCUCUCCAGGAUCGUCCUGGACCGUUGAUCAUGAGGCCGUUACCUCCAUCACCCCGGGCCUCGGUGAGGGCAAUGUGCGCGGUCAUUACGACUCGGCCGCACCGAGUGCGCCGCAAUCUCCAGCCAUUGCUUCUUCAAAAGUCACCAGCCGAUGUGAAGACACUCGAGAUUCUCUAUCUUCCUCUCCUGAAUGUCAACUUACCCUCAACCGCUUGUCUUUUGAGCCAUGCAGUCACUGGAGUGCCGAACCUAGCGAGCUUACGCAUCACCAAUCUCAGUCUGUUGGUGCGUGUAAAUUAUCCACUCCUAAGACUUUGCCGUCAGAUCAUCAAUGUUUAUUAUCUCCAACUCCUUGUACUUCUCACCCACUUUCCCCUGUCAGUGAUGAUCCCAUUGCAGGCAAUACCUCACCGAUCUCUAUGACAAAGUGCCCUGCUAUUCCACACAACCAAGAACUCAGCCCCGCGCGAAUAUGCAGUACCAAUGUAACGACUUUAAUUGAUACAACCGCGCGUGUAGUGUUGCCAAGCAUUGCUGAUUCCCACCCUUCCUUAGCUGCAAUGUGUGAGACUCUAGAAGCAAUACUGAAUGACGGCCUGCAAGAAGGAAUAUCAACGCCUUUUGGAUACCACAAGAUCUCAUAUUGGCAGUGGAUGUGUCAAAUAAAAGAAAAGUGUGUAGGAAAAUUUCCGCGCGCUAUUGAUGAAGUACUUCAGUUUUCGUCUCUAAGAGGCUCCAAAGCUCGAGGUCGUUUGCUUAUCCGGUAUUGUCUUCAGUAUGGCUGUCUCCAAGUGCCUAUAAUUACCAAAAUGAAGCAAGAUUCUUUUCCAACGUAUUAUUCCUCCGGGUCCAUUCUUGGUCAUGAGAUUUUGAGUGAGAUUUUCCUGUCUUUAGUGAGGCAAUUGGAUACUCUUACAUUCGACCUGAAUUUAAGUAACUGGGCGUUUUUAGACUGCAGCUGGCACCUGCCAGCCACUUGUUGUGUGGACCUGAAUCCCUGCGUGGGUUUGGGGAUGCACCUCGGUCACGUGGCGGGCAGAAGUGUAGUGAUGAGAGUCGAGCUCAAUGGUGCAGCGCACAGGUCGGGCUUGAUCCAUACUGGAGACGUAAUUUAUGCAAUCAACGGAAAAGUAAUUCAUGGAUUCAAUAGACAAAAUGUUUCACAAUUAUUGAAAGAAGCCAAAACAAGUUCUGCAAGUAUUCGACUCAAAAUUGCGAAAGGCUUGGACAUGCAUGGACGUGUCUACCCUCCUGUGCUAUCGCUAUUGAUUAAACUGGGAGUGGAUCUUGAAGAUGCGAGGGAAAUGAGAAUAGUUGAAGAAGAAAAUCGAUCGGCAUCCGCGGAACUUUUGCAGUCCCAAAUCAGUUCUAAAUCUUCUGUGUGCGAUUCCCCCAUUUCUGGGAAGCCUAAAUUCCAAAGUGGACGUGAUAAUGGCUCCAGCAUCACAACUUCGCCUUGCCGCUCCUCGACCGUCGAAGCUUGCGACCGCAGCUACAGGGCCAUCGACGCGAAACCUUGUGACGACCUACCGAGUGUAUGGCUCGUCGGCAGCGUCGAAGUUGGUAACCGCGGAGACGUCGAACUGAUAAGCGAUGCAAUACUGACUGUGUUGCGCACGUGUGAGACUCGUCAGCACAUUCCCGUGAACUUCAAUACUGGCGAAAUAGGAGUGAAAGUGUUGUCGCUGAAAGGAAAAACAUUGCUCCAACACAGCUACACUGAAAUAUCUGCCUGUGGAAGAAGGGAAUCGCACCCACAUUACUUUGCAUACCUGGCUGGGGACACGACCUGCUCUUUAUCUGCCCAGUUCACAUGCUUCGUUUUCCGAGCAGCCACGGUCGAAGAAUGUUCUGAAAUUCUCCUUACUUUGGCUGACGGAUUUCACAGAACGCAUUGGGCUGUGUGAGUGUCAUUGGUGUGUUUUAUUUUACAUUAAUCUUUGUAAGCUAAGAUAGGCAGAGAUAAGAAAUUUGUCUUUAGUCAAGUGUAGUAGACAUAAAAUUAUGUCUACGCAUUUGAAAUUUACACGAUAUCUGCAAUUUUAAUGCAAUAUUAUUGUAUGCCUAUUAUUUGCACUUAACACUCUUCAAAUAAAUUAAAUAAGAUUGUGAAUUUAUUGGAGAGGAACUAGAAUACCAAGAUAACCGCUAAAAAGUAGUAUUUAGCCAUUAAAAUUUGAAUUUUUAAUUCGACAAGUCCCAUUUUAUGUGACUAAACUAUUACAUAAAAUAUUAGGCUCCAAUUUUUACUGUGCCGAUGCAGAAUUUGUUUUCUUCCUUCGACGGAUUUGAGAUCCACGGAUGUCACUGAUAAGUAUGUUUUGAAAUCCUUCCGUUCCUUUUUGUUACAAAAUUAGCUUUAAAAUUCCAUUUAUGGCUCUGGUUUACGAUGGCCCAUGCUGAAAAAUUCAAUUGAAAUGAGAAUCACUGAAAUAUUUGGUGCAUAAUUAUUCAGCUGAUCAAACCAACUAAUUUGUCUUGAUUUUAAUGCAGAAAACACUAUAGUUCCGCGCAUUCAAAUAUUCCAAUAUGAAGGAGUCUAAACAUGAGGUUGUAGGUGAGAAUUAUGUCGGAGGAAUAUUCGAUUUGUUUUUUAUAUAAAAAGACGAUUGCUUAUUAUUACGCAUAAUGUAGCGUACUUUUUCGGUUAUACAGAGCACAUGUAUUGUAUCAUCUGCCUGCAAGUAAUACUGCUCCGCAAAUUAUCGUAACGUAGGAAUUAAGUUUCUUGUAAGAAUAAUUGCGCACGCUUCUUACGUACAGUACCUAUAUGUAGUUUUACUUUGCUUCCAUGCGCAUUUCUAUUGGACAUUUCUCGCGUACAUUUACGCACUCAGGCUCUGAACACCUCACUUGGCAGCGGCAGACCGUUAUGCACAAUUUGUGAGAUAGAAGAUGCUUCUUCCGCUAUUAUUUGUCGCCUCCAUGUCAUUAUUUACAGGUAUUAAUAUUAAUUGAUCAGAAUAAUGAUGAAGCUUCUUAUUUAUGCUUGGUUGGUUCUGUUGAUGCCUGUUUGUCUUUAUGGUAAUCGACGACUGCUUGUAAUUAUACUAAUUAAAUCUUUGCUAUGUUUUUGCUUGGCUCUAUUUUUGAUUAGUUUUUUAUGAUGAGAUACGAGUGAUUCUGAUUAUAUAUACAAAUGCUUUGCAGCGCUUAUGUUUGGUUCUGUUUAUGCUUCGUCUAUGCUUGGUGGUGCUCAUGCUUGCUUGUCUUUAUCUUUAUCUAUGCUUAGUUGUGAUCAUGCUUCUUCAUACACAACUUGAAUAUAUUACUACAUCGUCUGAUACUGAGGCGGUGCGUGGCAGCUUGUCGGUGCAAUCAUACUGCAUUAUACUCGAGUUGUUAUCAUGUUCUAUGCUAGUCGUGUAUGCAAAUAUUCUUACUAUUCAGACGAUAAGAUUGAAUUUUUACUUGCAAUUAAUGGGCGUUAGCUCUGGCUACCAAUAUUGGUCGUUUGGGGCGUGUUUGUUGUGGAUAGUAGAUAAUUGUACUUACUAGGUUGGCGAGGCUGGAAGGUAUCGGCUCCCAAGGCCACUGACUGCGUUAAUAGACGGUUAGCCUCUGCUAUUAUUAUUGAACAUUUUAAUCGGUAUGGAAGAGAACAAUAUAUAUGAGAUGAAAUCUAACCAAUAAGAACACAUUAGCUUCGUGAGGAAAGAAAUAAAAGUUCUAUUCGUAAAUGAGAUUUGGCAUUUGCGUGACUUGGUCUUUAAUGAGCUCUCCCCGUUUGCCCCAUCAUUGAUGAUGCUUGUAAGUGUGGCGAGUCCGAGGGUUUGUUCUAUCUACGCAUUCCAUUCUCCAAUUUGUUUCAUGUUAAUAACAAUUUCGUUUGUUAUCCUCUAUCUUAAGAAUACCAUUCUUCUCUGAGCCUCUACAGUAACCGCACUGUUCAAUUGAGUAUGUUGUCCCAAAAAUUACAAUGUAAAUGAAGAAAAACGUUCGCGAAAUGCGCUAGUCCUUUAGAGGAUUACUAUUUGGGUUCAUGACCUAAUGCUGUAGCCUCACAUAUUUGUUAUUGAAGUAAUUCUUAUUUAAUAAUUUGUAGUGAGAUUCUUGUUACUGGGUUCUUUUGGAUAUUUUUGCAGUUGGCCUACGCAUUUCAAUUCCAGUAAAUAAAAAGCUACGAAUUUUGAGGAGUAGAUUUUUUAGCGUUAGUUGAAGCAUAAUAUGUUAAUUUUUGCAAUUAAUGAUAAUAUUAUUCAAUGUUGUAAUUGGAACUCGACACGUUCCUUAACUACUUGUUUUUCAUUUGCAGUCCUUGUAUAUCACAAGGACAAUCGAUUGAUGAUAUAAUAGGUAUUUUUGUGACUACAUUCUCCAACGUUCUUUCUAGUCUCACUCUAGUCAUUUCCUAUAUGCAUUAUGUUAAAAAACUAGGUAAUUUUACAAACAGCGUGAUGCUUUUGAUACAUCAAAUUCUUAUCAUAAUUCUCUGUCGUAACUCUUGACCGAGAUUUGAUCUUUGAACGAUGUGCGCUAGUAAUGCAGGCAUAAUGUGGAGUACACCAGCGGCGUGUUCUUGACAUGGUGUCGUCGUACUUGGUGUGCGCCAGGUAAUGUAAGGCUGCUUCUCGUUUCUUUUCUUUAUUUAUAAAUAAUGUUAAUUACGAUCAAACUUCGUUUGUCAAAAAUAGCUUCCCUUGUAAAAAUUGAUUGAAAUUUCACCAAUGUGUCACGUUGUCCAUGAAAAGAAUUUACAGUCUAUUCACGAGUUUGAUAUAAGGAACCUGCUGAAUAAUUAAAUGCCAGCAACUAAAUUAGACUUACUCUUGGCGAUCAGAUACGUGGCACGUGCACUAAAGUGCUGACGAUGUUAAUAUAUCUCAUUUACCUUCAGUCUGGGACACUGCAGCACACUUUCUCAGCGUGUGAAUAAAAGGCGUGUCGAGGUGUCUCAUUUUGGUCGGAAACAAUAUUUGCAGUUGCGCCAUGAAUUAAUAGCGUUAAGGAGGAUAAAUUUGUGAGUAGCUUUUUUUAAAUUAAUAAUUAUAUCUUUAAAUAUAGCUAACCUCAUCA